AUGAAGCAGCCGUCCAGCAACGAAAUUGUUUCCUUGCCCCAGAGGGGGAGGCGACGAGUUGGCAGGGACAGCGCUAGUAGUGACGGGGUGGAGUCGGAGGAUAACGGCGAGCAGAGCGGGUACGACAGCGCGGAGGAGGCUGGCGAUAGCGGCAAAAGUGGGAGCAGCGUGCAUAUUGAGGGCAGCUACAAAAGCGGGAGCAGCAUCCAUAUUGAGGGCAGCUACAAAAGCGGGAGCAGCGUCCAUAUUGACUGCAGCGACGAGGCGAGCGCGCAGAACGUGGCCCUGCCGUACGCGAAGAAGAAAAUAAAGGACGGCCGACUCGAAAAGACGUACCACUACGAAUAUUUGGACCACCCAGCAGAUGUCAUCUUACACAGCUACGGAAAGACCCUAAGGGAGUGCUUCGAGUCUGCAUGCGUUUCUAUGUUUAACUACAUGUGUAACUUAAAUAAAGUGGAGACAAAGAUAUCGAGGCACAUAACAGCUCGAGGGGGGACCCUGGAAGACCUACUCUACAACUUCCUAACCGAGUGCCAUUUCUUAUAUGGCAGUGAAUAUAUCAUUUGUAAAGCUGUAGACAUUUUAGUUUUCGACCAGGGGUCCUUUUUCAUCGAGGCCUCUGCAUAUGGGGAUGUUUUUUCGCCUGACCUGCACGAGUGUGGCACGGAGAUAAAGGCUAUCACAAAACAUGAGCUGAGGAUUUGCUUCACGGAGGACCUUUGGGAGGCCUUUGUCCUGGUCGACAUAUGA